AUGACAGCAGUCCGCACGCUGCCGCUCCUUGUCUGCAGCAUUGGUAAUCCAGGAUCUACCUACGCCAACACGCUGCAUAGCGCAGGUCAUACUGUUGUCAAUCACUUAGCGGCACAUCUUCGCUAUAGCAGCUUCCACAAAGAGCGUGAGCUUGGCAAUGGCCUUGUCGGCAGGCCUGCGAUGAGCGGCAGCAUGGGGGACUGGACCCUAUGGAUGAGCACAUCGUAUAUGAACGAGUCCGGCAAAGGUGUAAGAGCUGCAUUCACAGCCUGGUCAAAGCACAUCCCGUUUGGCGAGGAAGGCAGACUUGUCGUGAUCCAUGACGAGCUGGAGAAGCCACUGGGUGCUGUCAGCGUGCGCACCGCUCAAGGAGCUAGCGCCAAAGGUCAUAAUGGGUUGAAGAGCAUCCUCUCGGCCAUGAACGGCACGCCUUUUGCCCGCAUCGGUAUCGGCAUUGGCCGGCCUGCAAGUCGGGAAAGCGAUGAGGUCGCUCGGUAUGUUCUGAAGAAGACGACGCCGGCGGAGAAAGCUAAGCUUGAGAACUGCAUUGAGGAGGUCAUCACGAAGCUUCGUCAACUCGAGAGAGCAUAA